AUGUAAUAAUAACAUUCAUACUAUUAUUUUUUAUUAUAAAUUAUAAAAUAGAAUAAAAAAUAUAAAUACUUAGUAUUUACUGAAUAAUGUUAUAAUACAUAUUUUGUAAACCAUUAAUUAACAAAUCCAGAAUGUUUUAAAUUAACUCUCUCAAAAACUUUAGGAAUAGCUAUUGUUACCUUAUCAACUAUUCUAAAAGUACCAUAGAUUAUUAAGAUAAUUUAAAAUAAAUCAGUUUAAGGCUUAUCUUAUUCAUCUUUGAUUUUUGAAUGUCUCCUUUAUCUUUUUACUAUUAGUUAUAAUCUUUAUAUUUAAAGUCCUUUUAGUUUAUACGGAGAAAAUAUUUUUAUAAUUUUCUAAAAUAUCAUUAUUAUGUGUCUUUUUAAUGUAUAUGAUAAAAAAUUUUCAUUAUUUAAACUUAUUACAACUUUUAUUUUUAUUGGAGGAAUUUCAGCACCUCUAUUGCUUUAAAUUGUACCAAAAUAAGCCUUUGAUUUAUCAAUUAUAAUAAAUAUGAUUAUGUGUAAAUAAAUAAUUAAUAGAAAAUAUAUUUUUUAUAAAAAAAAAGUUUCAUGUAGCAGAUUACCUUAAAUGAUAAAAAAUUUCAAAGAUAAAAGUACUGGAUAGCUUGCUCUUGCAACCUUCUUUUUAAAUUUUAGUGGAGCUAUUGCAAGAACUUUCACUAUUUUUACAGAAUCACCAAAUAUGCUUAUUUUGAUUUCAAACUUUUAAGCUGUAAUACUGAAUGGAAUAAUCUUUUUGUAAAUUCUUUUAAUCGGAAAUAGAUAAAAUAAGAAAAUUAAAACUAAUUGA